AUGCCCUGCCUCAUGGAACAGGAACCGGACCCCGCCUCCCAAAACAGGUAUCGCUGGCUCCUCCCAGUGGAAGAACCCUGUCAAUGCAGCGAGGUAAAGAUUGGUCCACUCAACACCCGCGUGCCUUACCGACCGUUUACAGUGACCUACUAUGACGCCCUUCUCAUCAGUAGCAAUCCGGUGGAGAUCCAGUCGUGGCUGAAUUGUACCGGUGUCUUUACUUGCUCCGUGGAGAAACCUCUGGGCAUGGAGGAUGGGCGCAUCCCAGAUAACCACCUCACUGCCUCGUCUGUCUUGGGAAACAAGCGAAAUUGUCAUGGGCCUCAAAGAGCAAGGCUUUUGCUGGAGGAAGGAUGCUUAUGCGGUGAACGGCUUGGAAUGGAGGACGGAAGUAUUCCUGACUCCAGUAUCACUGCCUCCAGCGUUUUCAAAGAGCGACCAGCCGCGCCUGACAACUGCGAGCCUCACAACGGCCGGCUGAACUACCCCGGAGUAGGCUCGAUUGUCGGUGGCUGGUGCCCGGCCAGGAAUGACAAGGAAUCCCCAUGGUUUGAGGUAGAUUUGGCCAAGCAACUGCAGGUAGAGGGAGUUAUCAUUCAGGGCAGCGUGGAUCCAUUGGGGAGUUGGAGGGAGCGAGUGACAGCGUACCAGGUGCAGUACAGUAAUGACCGAAGUACCUGGGUGUAUGUGACCAAUGGAGGACCUGAGGCUGGGCCGCAGACAUUUGAUGGUAACGUGGACCAAACCACCCCAGUCAACAGCAGUUUUAACAAGCCCAUUCAAGCUCGCUACAUCCGUAUCAGACCGACCAGCUACAAUUCUUGGCCCUCGAUGCGGGUUGAACUCCUCGGCUGCAAAGAAUCAGUGGGUUUCUUGUGCUGGUGUGCCGCUAAGAACGAUACCAAUCCCUGGAUGCAAGUCAAUUUCAAUAACACAGUACUUAUCACGGGGUUGAUCACCCAAGGAUGUGGUGAUGAUGACUGCCAACAAUGGGUGACAGCGUACACAGUGCACUACAGUAACAGCGGCCAAACGUCCUGGACCACGGUGAAGGAUCACGAGGGAAAACCAGUAGAGUUUUUGGGGAACAGUGACAAUCACACCCUAGUCCCAGCUCGAUUUGCGGAGGUCGUGCGCACCAGGUAUCUUCGUUUUUUACCAACUGAAUGGAACGGGCUUUGCUGCAUGAGAUUUGAGGUGAUGGGUUGCACUGUUGCCAACUAAAGGCAAUGGGUCUGCUUUCAACUGAGUUGAGACUGCACCCUGAUGGCUUCAUACUGAUGGCUCUUUGGUACGUGCAGGGGAAGAAUAUCAGUGUCAAAUAGUUAUAUUUAUUCAGCAUAUCUUCGUUAAAAUUAGCGUGGAUGGAGUUUUCGAUGGUGAAUCAAUGACUUGAGAUUGCAAAUAUAAUGUGUGACAGGAUGUAAAUAGAGUGAAUGCUAUUCACAACAGCACGCAACACAAAUAAUAAUUACUACAGCACGCAACGGAAACAGACACCUUGAAAACUGCUUCGUUGGUUUUAUUUACUAGUUUGAAAAUGUUUUAUUUUAGUUUUAGUUUUAACAAGAUUUCAAUAACAGUUCUGGUAAUUGUUUCUUUUCAAUAUGAAUAUUCCAUUUCAUUUGAUUCAAUCAAAUACAUGCACUCUCAGACAAAACUACAUAUAUGUAAUAAAAUACCGUUUUAGAAACACCACAGGAACUCCCUAGGAGUUAUGUAAUAAAUUACCGAACACUUGGUCGGUAAAAUGUUUCUUCAACAAAUUUACGUCUUUUUAUGUAAUUGUAUUUACACCAUUAUUAGGUAUAGAAAGUUAUGUAAGAUUGUAGUUAGUGAU